AUGGAGAUGGACAAUGCAACCACAGUCCAGGAAUUCAUUUUGCUAGGAUUUGAAGCUGAGCAGCAGCAGAAGCGAUUCCUGCUCCUCAUCCUGUUUGCCAUUCUCUACAUACUGACCUUGGGAGAGAACAUCACCAUCAUCACUGUGGUGUCCCUAGAUAACCACUUGGCCCAGCUUCCCAUGUACAUCCUGCUGAGCAACUUCUCCUGGCUGGAGAUAUGCUAUGUGACCACCACUGUGCCCCGCAUGCUCUUUGACCUGGCUUCCCCUCGUGGGAUUAUCUCUUUCCAGGCCUGCUUCCUCCAGUUCUACAUUUUCUUCUCUCUUGGCUGCACUGAAUGCUUCUUCCUCUCAGCCAUGGCCUUGGAUCGAUAUUUGGCCAUUUGCCACCCACUGCGCUACCCACAACUUAUGACGCAACAUUCCUGCUAUUCCCUGGUAGGGACAUGUUGGGUUGUUGGCUUCCUGUGUUACCCCAUCCCUCUGAUUUUGAUCUCCAAGUUGUCCUUCUGUGGACCUAACAUUAUUGACCAUUUUUUGUGUGAUGUUGGGCCAAUUCUGUCCCUGGUCUGCCCUCCAUUCGGAAACAUUCCCCUUGUCUGCCAAAUCUUCAUGAAUACUCUGGUUUUAAUUAAUGUAUCUUUUGUUGUACUAUCAUACAGCAUUGUGAUUCUCAGCCUGAUGAAAAUGUCUAGCCCAGGCCGCCGAAGGAAGGCCUUCUCCACCAUAUCUUUCCAUAUCAUGGUGGUGACCCUUUUCUAUGGCACAGCAGUAGCCAUGUAUUUAAUUCCAGGUGGAGAAAGCCAGUCAACGGUCACAAAGGUAGUAACUACCUUCUAUGCUGCAGUUAUACCCUUUCUCAACCCCAUGAUCUACUGUCUGAGAAACGAUCAGGUGAAAGAGGCUCUGGAUAGGCUGCUGAAGAGAAAGGAAAGACUUCUGAGGAGAACGGUGGCAGUUUAA